UUCCAGUCAGCGGUCGACGCUCAGCGCGUGAGUACGUUUCGCGCUUACAAACAAAGUGUCAACGGUCUGUGUCUAUGGUGCUGAAGGUGAUUCGGAAGCAGUGUAUGUGACAAGUGAAAAAAAUAAUAAUUCGAAAUUCAAAUUUUGGCGGAAUCGCAGAGUUGCGACAGCAAACGUUUGUGCCUGCAUUUUAGUGCAAAAAAAAAAGUAUUGCUCGGUUUUUACGUUGCACAAAUAAAAACCAAAGAGUAGUGAAAUAGAAUCGUAGAAUAGUGUAAAUAGAAAAAAAAAAGUGAAAUUAUAGUUAAAUCAGUGUUGUCAACCUGAUGAGACAUAGCGCGAAACAUGCAGCGACAGCUGAGCAAUGUUAGCAUAGGGAGCUACCAGGACUACCAACCUAGCAGACGAUAUGGGCCGCAGUAUGAGCCGGGCGGGUACGCGGGCGCAGUGCAGCAGCGUACCAACAUGACGCAACGCGAGGACGCGCUCAAGUUCGAGCAGGGCCGCAUCAAGGCAUUGCAGGAUGAGCGCAUGUACAUACAGAAAAAGACUUUCACGAAAUGGAUCAACUCGUUCCUGCAGAAGGCCCGCAUGGAGGUGGAGGACCUGUUCGUGGACCUGGCGGACGGGCGGCGGCUGCUGAAGCUGCUGGAGAUCAUCAGCGGCGAGCGGCUGCCGAGGCCCAACUCCGGCCGCAUGCGGGUUCACAAGAUUGAGAACGUCAACAAGAGUUUGAGCUUCCUGCACACGAAGGUGCGGCUGGAGUCGAUCGGCGCCGAGGACAUCGUGGACGGCAACCCCCGCCUUAUCCUCGGCCUCAUCUGGACCAUCAUCCUGCGCUUCCAGAUACAGGAGAUUGAGAUCGACGUGGACGAAGAGAAUGAGUCGUCCGAGAAGAAGUCUGCGAAGGACGCGCUGCUGCUGUGGUGCCAGCGCAAGACCAGCGGCUACCACGGCGUCAACAUCCACAACUUCACCGACUCGUGGCGCUCCGGGCUCGGGUUCAACGCCCUCAUACACGCGCACAGGCCCGACCUGUUCCGGUGGGCGGAGGUGCCGGCGACGGACCACGUGGAGACCUUAAACCAUGCGUUCGACGUGGCCCACAAACACCUCGGCAUACCCAAGCUGCUUGACGCCGAGGACGUGGACACGAGCCGCCCGGACGAGAAGUCGGUGAUGACUUACGUGGCCAGCUACUACCACACCUUCGCCAGGAUGAAGAACGAGCAGAAGAGUGGUCGCAGGAUCGCCAACAUCAUCGGCCAACUGAAGGACUGCGACGACCGCAAGGCGGAGUACUCGCGGCUGGUGAGCGCGCUGCUGGAGUGGAUCCGGCUCAAGAUACAGGAGCUGAACGGCCGCCAGCUGCCCAACUCGCUGGACGGCAUACAGCGGCUACUGCUCGCCUUCAAGCAGUACCGCACUGUCGAGAAACCGCCCAAAUACAAGGAGCGUUCAGAGAUCGAAGCCCUGUACUUCCACAUAAACACUAUGCAGAAGAGUCUCAUCGGCGAAGCGUGGGCCCCCCUCGAGGGCCAACUGCCCCAGGACCUGGAGAGGGCAUGGCAGCAGCUUGAACAGGCCGAGCAUGCUCGCGAACUGGCGCUGCGUACCGAGCUGCUGAGGCAGCAGCGACUCGAGCAGCUCAACUACAAGUUCAACACCAAGUCGGUGCUGAGGAAGGGCUACCUGAAGGAGAUGGUGCUGGUGCUGUCGGACCCCCGCUACGGGUCCAACCUGGCCCAGGUUGACGCUACUGUCAAGAAACAUGAAGCCAUAUCGGCCGACAUCCUCGCCAGAACCGAACGCUUCGAGGAUCUAUCGGCAAUGGCAGCGGAGCUCGUCCGCGAGAACUAUCACGGAGCUGAAGCGGUGUCCCGCACAGAACAAGCAGUGCUGCAGCGCUGGCGCGAGUUGCUGGAACUGCUGGAGAGGCACCGGACCUCGUUGGCGAGGCUCGCGCACCUGAUGGCGCUGUUGCGGGAGGCUGACACGGUCGGACACACGCUAAUGGAAAUGAAGGCGCAGUUCCAGUCAGAGGAGGUGGGGCGGCACCUGGUGGACGUGGAGCGGCUGCUGCAGGCGCACGCGCUGCAAGAGCUGCAGCUGGGUGCGCUCGACGACUCGAUCCGCCGCCUCGUGCGCCAGGGCGCUGCUGCUGAAGGUCCUCCGCAGCCCAAGCAGCAGCUCACACAGCAGCUGAUGCAACUUGAAGAAGCUUAUGACAGCCUCCUGGCCGCAGCUAAGGAUCGCAAGGCGAGACUGGAGGACGCCAGGAACCUCUACCAGUUCCUGGAAGACCACGACGAGGAAGAGGGCUGGGUGACGGACAAGCAGCGCAUCUGCCGCGCGGACGUGGCGGCCAAGGACCUGCGCGGCGUGAUGGCGCUGCGCCAGAAGCACACGGCGCUGCUGCACGAGCUGCGCGCGCGCGACCACGUCUCGCAGCGCCACCGCGCCAAGGGACAGAGCUUAAUCGACGCUAAGCACCCGAAGAGCGCGGAGAUCGAGCGGCGGCUGUCGUCGCUGAACCAGCAGUGGGAGGUGCUGCGGGAGCUGGCCGCCGCCAGGGAGAAGCAGCUGGCCGACGCCGCUGAAGCGCACCAGUUCUACGGCGACGCCAACGAGGCGGAGUCGUGGAUGAAGGAGAAGCGCCCCCUGGUGGCGACGGAGGACUGUGGGCGCGACGCGCCGUCGGCCGGCGCGCUGCUGGCCCGCCAGAGGGCGCUGCACGACGACAUCCGCGCCUACAGCGCCGAGCUGGACACGCUCAGCGCACACGCCGCCCGGCUGCUGGCCGCCGGCAUACACUCGCUGCAGCUGCCGACGGAGGUGGACUCGUCGCCGGCGAUGGAGGAGGAGGAGUGGGUGAACGAGUCGCGGCUCGUGCCCACCGAGGUGUGGGAGGAGGAGCCGGUCGAGCGGCUCGAGCACCGCACCGUCACCGAGGAGCGCAGCGUGCCCCAGGUGAAAGCGCUGUACGCGUUCACGGGGCAGGGCAUCUCGAUGCAGAAGGGCGAGGUGAUGUUCCUUAUCAACAAGACGAAUCCAGACUGGUGGUCGGUGCGCAAGGCCGACCGCACCGACGGCUUCGUGCCCGCCAACUACGUAAGGGAGAUCGAGCCCAGGCUCGUGCCGGUGCAAGUGCGGCGGCCGGAGAAGGUGCGCACGGUGCAGCGCGUGAAGAAGACGGUGCUGGUGAAGCAGGUGGUGGCCGUGCGGCGCGGCCGACCCCCCGCCCGCCGCGCCUCGCGCACGCCCGCCGCGCCGCCGCCCGCCGCCGCCGUCGACGCGCGCAUGGCCGACAUACAGCGCGACUACGACGAGCUGCUGACCCUGUCGGCCAACCGCCGCGCCCAGCUCGAGGACGCCAUAAAGCUGUACAGCUUCUUCGCGGAGUGCGACGACUUCGACAAGUGGAUACGAGACAAGGAGAAGAUGCUGCGAGCGGACGACGCUGAAGAUAGCGUCGACACCGCCAAGAGGAAGUAUGAGAAAUUCGUGACGGAUCUGUCUGCGGCCUCCAAACGGCUGGAGCAUAUCGACGCAGCUGCCGAGGAGCUGGUGGCUGCGAAGCACGGCCAAGCCGCUAAAGCUACCGCCAGAAAGCAGCAGUUGCGUCAACAAUGGGACCGGCUGCUGCGGCUCAAAGAACAAAAGGAAAAGAGUUUGGAAGGCGCAUCAAGCGUGGAACUCUUCAGCCGCACCUGCGACGAUGCCCUCGACUGGAUGGCCGAGAAGGAACAGCAGCUCGCGGCCAGCACCGACCCUGCUGCUGACCUACGAACCGUCAGGGCCUUGCAGCGUCGUCACGCGCAGCUCGAGAGGGAGCUGGAGCCGUUAAAGGAGAAAGUGAACACUGUGAGCCUGCUGGCAGACUCCGUCAAAUCCCAGUACCCCAACGAGAGGAGCAACGUGGAGGGUCGCCAGCGGGAGAUACAGCAGAUGUGGGAGCGGUGCCAGGCGCAGGCGGCCGAGAGGAGGAACCGGCUCGAGAGCGCCGUCGGCCACCAGAUAUUCGGGAACAGCUCUGCGCAGCUGCAGGACUGGCUGCAGACUGCGCAGGCGCAACUGGCGCAGGAGGCGACCGCGAAGGACGUGGCCACGGCGGAGGCUCUCCACAAGCAGCACCAGGAGUUACUCGAUGAUAUCAAGACGCACAAUGACGAGUUCAAGGAGGUGAUAGGGCUGGGUCAGCAGCUGCUCGCCAACAACCCGUCCCUCACCGACGUCGCGGAGAAGAUCAAGCUGUUGCAGGACGAGCAGCGGGCACUCGACAAAGCCUGGCAGGAGAAGGAGGCGUACCUGAAACAGCUGGUUCAGCUGCAGUGCUUCAACCGCGAGGCGGACCAGAUAGACGCGACCAGCGGCGCGCACGAGGCCUACCUGGAGUACAAGGAAUGCGGGGCGUCGGUGGACGAGGCGGAGGCGCUGCUGAAGCGGCACGAGGAGCUGGAGGCGCGGCUGGCGGCGCAGGACGAGCGCCUGGCCGCCUUCCAGGCGCGCGCGCUGCAGCUGCAGCGCCUGCCGCACUACGCCGCCGCGCAUAUCGCGGCGCGGCGCGAGGCUGCGCUAGCCCGCCGCGACGGCGUGCGGACGGCGGCCGCCACCCGCCGCCGCCACCUGCAGGCCGGGCUUGCUCAUCACCAGUUCGUGGCUGCCACGGAGGAGUUGCAGGGAUGGAUCCAGGACAAGACGAGAACUGCCAAGGACCAGAGCUACAGAGACCUGGCCAACCUGGAGCGCAAGCUGCAGAAGCACGAGGCGUUCGAGCGCGAGCUGCAGGCCAACGAGAAGCAGCUCAGAAACGUGGAGAGCAUCGGUCAGUCGCUGCAGCAGUCGGACCCGGCGCGCGCCGACGAGGUGUCCGCGCGGCUGCAAUCGCUGCAAGCCGCUUGGGAGGAACUGGUGGCCGCCUCCCGCGACAAGGGCAGCAAGCUGCGGCAGGCUGCACUGCAGAGGAAGCACAGGAGGUCGGUGGAGGACGCGAAGGCGCGGCUGGUGGAGCUGGAGCGCGAGCUGCGCAGCGAGGAGGUGGGCACCGACCUCAGGAGCUGCAGGCGGCUGCUCAACCAGCACCAGCUGCUAGAACAAGAGCUAUCGUCCUGGGAGCAGAAGGGCAAGAGUCUGGCAGCGCAGGGGGCGGACCUGGUCUCGGACGGCCACUUCGACGCGCCGGCCAUAGAGAAGGAGUCGGCGGCGCUGCUGCAGGCCGUGCGCGCGCUGCAGCCGCGCACCGCGCAGCGGCGGCAGGCGCUCGACAGCAGCCUGCAACUACACAAGUUCGCGGCCGAAGUGGCCGGCGAGCUAGACUGGCUGUCGGAGCGACAGGCGGCCGCGUCUUCAGAGACCAUGCCUACUGACCUGCACGCGGCACAGUCCGCGCAGAAGAAGCACAGCAAGCUGCGCAACGAGCUGGUUGGGCGCCAACCCCUCAUAGAGCGGGUCAUCGCACAGGGGAGGGCGCUGAUCGAGGACAAGCAUCCGCAGGCUGAGAAGAUGGAGCGGCUGUGCGCGGAGCUGCAGCGGGCGUACUCGGCGCUGUCGGCGGCGGCGGCGGCGCGCGCGGCGCGGCUGGACGCGGCGCUGCGCGCGCAGCAGUUCCUGCACGACGCGCUCGAGCUGGACGCCUGGCUGGCCGACAAGGCCGCCGCGCUCGGCGCCGCCGACGUGGGCCGCGACCGCCACCGCGCCACGCAGCUGCUCACCAGGCACAAGGCUGUAGAAUUGGAGUUGGACACAUACGCUGCGAUAAUAUCGGAGAUGGGCCACGUGGCCAGCUCGAUGGCCAACAGCGGCCACCCUGAAGGCCCGGCGCUGCUGGAGCGGCACGAGCUGCUGGCCGGCAGCCUCGCGCGCCUGCAGCGCCUCGCAGCGCAACGCCAGCGCGCGCUCGUCGAGAGCGUCUGCAGGCAUGAGUACAUAGCGGAGAGUGCGGAACUCGAGACCUGGAUACAGGAGCAGUACGCGGCCGCCUCCAGCGAGGACUACGGACAGGACUACGAACAUUUGCUGAUCUUAACGUCCAAAUUCGACGAGCUGCGUCACCGCGUCGAGAGCGGCGCGGAGCGGUUCAACCAGUGCGAGGAAUUGGCGAAGAAAUUACUGGCGUCUGAGAGUCCUUACAUUGCUGACAUCGAGAAGCAGCAGGAGACGCUCGGGGAGCGGUGGCAGCGGCUGGUGGAGCAGCUGGCGGCGCGCGGCGGGCGGCUGCGCGCGGCGGCCGCCAUCCACCGCUACCACCGCGACGCGGCCGAGCUGCGCGCGCGCGCCGCCGACAAGCGCGCGCUGCUGGCCGCGCCGCCGCGCGCCGCGCGCGACCUGCCGCACGCCGCCGCGCUGCUGCGCCACCACGACAAGGCCGAGGCCGACCUGCUCGCCGUCGACGCGCAGCUCCAGGUGCUCCAAGAGGAGGGCACCCGUCUCCAGAAGCUGUACCCGGGCGGCAAUGUGCAGCAGAUCAGCCUGCAGCAAGAGGCACUAGCCGAAGCGUGGACGGCGCUCCGAGCGGCCGCCGAUGAGCGCAGACGUGUCCUGCAGCAGCAUCUCGAGCUGCACCAGUUCCUCACACAGGCGCGCGACCUGGGCGGCUGGGCGGCGGCGCUGCGCGCGCAGGUCGCGGGCGGCGGCCGCGUGCAGUCGGCGGCGCACGCGCACGCCGCGCGCGCCGACCACGAGGCGGCGCGCGCCGAGCUGGACGCGCGCGAGGACUCGUUCCGCAGCGUGCUGCAGCACGGCGACGCGCUCGUGCGCCAGGGGCAUCCCGCCGCGCAGGAGAUCCAGGAGAAGUGCUCGGCGCUGCUGGAGGAGCGCGCGCGGCUGCAGGCGGCGUGGGGCGCGCGGCUGGUGUCGCUGGACCAGCUCAUCGACCUGCACUGCUUCCUGCGCGACGGCAAGCAGCUGCACGACCUGUGCGCCGCGCAGGAGGCCGCCCUCGGCACCGAGAUAUCACCGCAGAGCAGCGUGGAGGAAGUCGACAAUUAUUUGAAGAAACACGAGGCCUUCGAGAAGUUACUGGCCACUCAGGAUGAGAAGCUGGUGACCCUGAACAGCCACGGCGCGAAGCUGCUGGAGCAAAACCACGUGGAGAGCCAGCAGAUCGCUGACGAGCUGCAGAAGAUCAACGACCGCAGGAGCAAGCUGCACGCUCUGUCGGCGAAGCGGCGUGCGCAGCUGACGCGGCUGGCGGCGCGGGCGCAGUUCGCGCGGGACGCGGCCGAGACCCGCGGCUGGGUGGCCGACAAGCUGGCCAAGCUCAACGCCGACCAGCAGCUCGGUGAAGUCACCAGCCUAGACGACAAGAUCAAGAAGCUACAGAAACACCAGGCGUUCACCGCCGAGCUGGCGGCCAACAGGGCCAGGCUCGACGAGAUCCAGGCCUUGGCUGAACAGUUGAAACCGGACGAGGAGGUGGAGAAGCAGCUGGCGGCUCUGCAGGCCGACUGGCAGCUGCUGGAGCACGCGACCGAACAAAGAGGUCGCGGUCUGGAAGAAGCUCAGGAUAUACUGGAAUUCAACCAGCAGUUGGACAAAAUAGAAGCUUGGUUAAGAGACAAGGAGAUGAUGGUGCAAGCGCACGAGCUGGGACGCGACUACGAGCACUGCAGCGCGCUGCUGCGCAAGCUGGACGACCUGGACAGCGACAUGAAGGUCGACGAUAAGCACGUGAAGAAUAUAUGCGCGCUCGCCGACAAGCUGCUCGACCAGGGUCCGACGCAGCAGGCGGACGCAGUGUCGGGACGGCGAGACGCCUUCCUUCAGAAGUGGCGAGCCCUCAGCGGCGCCCUGCAGCAAUACAGGGACAACUUAUCGGCCGCCCUCGAGAUACAUUCUUUCAACAGGGACGUGGAGGAGACGCAGGAGCGGCUGGCGAAGAAGGCGGCGUUGUUCAGCAGCCGCGAGCGCGGGCGCGAGCUGCGCGCGGCGCAGGAGCUGCAGCGGCGCCACGCCGCGCGCGCCGCCGAGGCGCUGGCCGUGCGCGGCCGCCUGCACGCGCUCGCCGCCGCCGGCCGCCGCCUCGCCGCCAGCCACCCGGAGCACGCGGACCACAUCGAGAAGUCCCUGAAUGGGCUACAGGACGGGUGGGACAAACUGGAACAGCUCGCCGCCCAGCGCACCGCGCUGCUCGAACAAGCCAUCGCGGAACACAAGUUCGACGAAAGCCUCAAGGAAUUGGAGGUGUGGGUGUCGGAGACUGUGAAGCGGAUGGACGACAGCGAGCCGCCGGAGAGCGUCGCCGACGCCGAAGCUCUGCUCGAGACGCACAACGAGCGAAAGGCGGAGAUCGCGGGGCGGCAGAAGGCGAUAGCGGCGCUGCAGAAGGAGGCGCCCGUGGUGCAGGCGCCGGAGAAGCUGAAGCGGGUCGAGAGCCUCGCCGCCACCCUCGACAACGCCUGGCUCCAGAGGAAGCAGUACCUCACGCAGGCCCACCAGCUGCAGCUGCUGAAGGACCAGGCGCGCCAGACUGAGGACUGGCUCGCUGCCAAGGAGGCCUUCCUCAACAACGACGACCUGGGAGACGACUUGGACGCGGUGGAGACGCUGAUCCGCAAGCACGCGGAGUUCGCGAAGCUGCUGGACAGCCAGCUGGGCCGCGUGGACGAGCUGGAGCGGUUCGCGGCCGGCAUGCUACAGGACGGACACUACGACCGGCCGUACAUACAGCGCCGCCUCGCGGAGAUACUCGCCAGGAGGGACAAGCUCAAGGAGUCGUGCACCCACCGCGGCGAGAUGCUGGAGCAGUCGCGGCAGCUGCACCAGUUCCUGCGCAACCUGAGCCACGAGCGGGAGUGGAUCGCGCUCAAGAUGCAGACCGCCAGCGACCAGAGCUACAGAGAACUAUCGAACCUGCAAAGUAAAAUCCAAAAGCACGCAGCCUUCGAGGCGGAACUGGCGGCGAGCAAGGGACGCAUCGACGACGUGUCCAACAAUGGGGAGGAGCUUAUUGAAAUGGGACACUACGCGUCAAAGGAGAUUUCGCAACACGUGGAGGACUUGGAGAAUUUGUGGAGGGAACUGCAAGCGGCGGCGAAGCUCCGCCGCGAGCGGCUGCAGGAGGCGUACCAGGCUCGCGUGUACCUGCGCGGGCUGGACGACUUCACCGCCUGGCUCGACGACGUCGAGGCGCAGCUGCUCAGCGAGGACCACGGCAAGGACCUGGCGUCGGUGACGGCGCUGCUGAAGCGGCACACGCGCCUCGAGCAGCAAGUGUCGAGCAAGGCGGACACCGCCACGCAGCUGGGCGACAACGCACGCCAGCUGGCCGGCAGCGACCACUUCAUGGCCGCCGAGAUACUUGACAAGGCCGAAGUGGCUGUUAAAAGGUACCGACAACUACAGGAGCCGAUGCAGAACCGCCGCGACAACCUGGAGGACGCCGCCCUCCUGCACCGCUGGGAGAGGGAUGCCGACGAGGAGAUGAAGUGGCUGCGUGAGCGCGCGGCGACCGUCGGCUCCACGGAGUUGGGCAGCACGCUGGCGGAUGCGCAGGCGCUGCUCAAGAAGCACCUGGCGCUGGAGGCGGAGAUCAUAGCCAGAGAGCCAACGAUCAGCGGCUUGAUCGGGCGCGCGAACCAGCUGUCGAGACGCGGGCACUUCGCGGCGGCCGCGCUGGACGGCCGCAGCCGCGAGCUGGCGGCCGCGCUGCGGGCGCUGGUGGACGCGGCCGCCGUGCGCAGCACCAGGCUGCGCGAGCGCUGCGACCUGCUGCAGCUGACGUCGGAGAUGGCGGAGGCGGAGGCGUGGCUGCUGGAGCGGCGGCCGGCGCUGGUGGCGGCCGACGUGGGCCGCGACCAGGACUCCGUGCUGGCGCUCAGCCGCCGCCUCGACGCCCUGCAGCGGGAGCUGCACGCCUUCGACGCCACCUACGCCCGCCUCGACAAGGCCGCCGCCGCUCUACUGGAGCGCAACACGUCAGACAAGGACAUCGUGUCGGAGCGGCUGGCCGAGCUGCGGGACCGCUACGAAGAGAUGAAGCUGCUGUCGGCCAAGCGGCAGCAGCGGCUCCAGCAGAGCCUCAAGUACUUCAAGUUCGUGCAGGAGUGCGAGGAGGUGCACGAAUGGAUCGGCGAACAGAUGACGGUGGCGGCCAGUGAGGACUACGGCCUCGACGUGGAGCAUGUAGAGACUCUGCAGCAGGCCUUCGACAACUUCUUCGCGCAGCUGCAAGCGAGCGAGGGUCGCAUCGAGGCGGUGUGCGAGGGAGGCCAGGCGCUGCUGGAAGAGAAUGCGCCGGAAGGUGAACGCGUGCGGCAGAGGGUUGACGACUUGCGCGGCCUCUGGGACGACCUGCGCGAGUUAGCGCUCGCCAGGCAAGAGGCGCUGGCGGGCGCGCGGCGCGUGCACGAGUUCGACCGCGCGGCGGAGGAGACGGCGGCGUGGGUGGCCGGCAAGGAGGCGCUGUGGCGCGCGGACGGGCCCGCGCCGCUGCUGGCGCCGCACGCGCUGCACGCGCAGCGCCGCCGCCUGCGCGCGCUGCGGGCCGACCUCCUCGCCAUCGCCGCCGCGCACCGCGCGCUGCAGCAGGAAGCCGCCAGCCUGGGCGAAGCGUUCCCCGACGCGAAGGAGCACGUGACGGCGAAGCUGGAGGACGUGACGGAGGCCCUGGAGGCGCUCACGCAGCGAGCCGACCAGGCCGACCAGCAGCUCGACCUGGCCGAGCAGCUGCAGGCCUACUUCGGCACCUACCAGGAGCUGCUCGCGUGGACGAACGAGAUGGUGGCGCGCGUGACGGCGGGCGAGCUGGCGCGGGACGUGGCGGGCGCCGAGCGGCUGCUGGCGCGCCACCACGACCUGCACGUCGAGGUCCUCGCCAAGGACGACGCCUUCCGCACGCUCUACGCCGACGGCGAGAAGCUGGUCCGCGAGGGCCACUUCAUGUCGUCGGAGAUCGAGGAGCGCAUGACGACGCUGCGCGCGCGCCGCCAGACCCUGGACUCGGCCUGGGCUGCAAGAGCCACCAUCUACGAACAACACCUAGACGCGCUCGUCUUCAAGCGGGACGCGGACGCACUGGACGCCUGGAUUACCAACAGGGUGCCGCUGGUGCGCGACGGCAAGUACGGCGACAGCGUGUCGCAGGUGGAGGAGCUGAUCAACAAGCACCGCGACCUCGAGGAGACCAUCGAGUCGCAGAAGGACAAGUUCAACGCCCUCAAGCGGAUCACACUUGUGGAGAAGGCGUUCAAGGACCAGAAGGACGAAGAAGCGGAGGCGCGGAAGCGGUCGGCCGAGCGGCAGGAGGCGGAGAGACUGGAGCUGGUGCGGCGCCGCGAGGUGGAGAGGCUGGCCGAGCAGCGGCGGCGGGAGGCGCCGCCUGGACACCCGCCGGAGGCGGAGCGCGGCGCGGCGCCGCCGUCGCCCGAGACGCUGUCGCCGGCGCCGCAGUUCGACCGCCUGCCCAAGCACGAGGUGAAGCGCGCCGAGAGCAUGAGCGUGAUGAAGACCCCGAAGCGGACGCCGUCGUUCACGACCCGGCGCCGCACGCAGAGCUUCAGGCGGCACCGCGCCGACGUCGACAAGCUGCCGCCCGUUGAAAUAGAAGGCUACCUGGAGCGCAAGCAGGAGGCAGGCUGCGGCGGCAAGCGAGCGACGGUGCGGUCGUGGCGCGGCUACUACUCGGUGCUGUGCGGACAGCUGCUCUGUUUCUUCAAGGACGAGACCGACUUCGCCAACGCCAAGGCCACCGCCCCACCAGUCGCCAUACUCAACGCUCGCUGCGAAAGAGCCAGUGAUUACACGAAGCGCGCGAACGUGUUCCGGCUGGUGUGCGCUGACGGGGCGGAGUACCUGUUCGCCUGCAGCAGCAAGGAGCUGAUGGACGAGUGGGUGGCCAAGCUGGCCUUCCACGCGCAGCUGCCGCCGGAGCUGCAGCUAACUCCAUACUCACCAGCCUCAGAGUCUCCCACUGCUGAGUUGAAGAGGCGGCUUCACGAGAACGCGUCAUCAUCAUCAUCGACGGAGUCCACACCGGAACCUCGACGCAAGCCGCGCACCCAAACGGAAAUAUUACAAGAGCAUAGGAAUAGUCAGAAACGGGCGAGCACCACUCCAGAGAGGAACGACAGGAAUAUAGAGUCGACGGUGCUGCCCUCGCUGCCGCCGCGGCAAUCGUCGCAAGAGGACGCCACCGACGUGAUACUCAGGAACUCGGAGCCGGCCGGUGGCUGGGGCCGCUCGCGGUUCUCCAACGGACGCGACCUCAGCAUAGAGUUCAUACGCUCGCAGAAGGACGCCGCCAACGAAGCACCGCCAUUACCUUCGUCCGGGCCGCCAGAUCGCGCCCCCGCUAUACCGGACCGCCCAUCAGUACCGGAACGCGCCCCGGCGCUACCAGAACGGGCGCCCACUGAACGAGGCCACUCAACCGAAAGAGGCAAACCCGUUCUCGAAAGAGGCCACUCCAAUUCCGAAAGAGGCCAGUCGAUCUCCGAUCGUGGACACUCCAAUUCCGAAAGAGGCCAGUCGAUCUCCGAUCGAGGACACUCCAUCUCCGAAAGAGGCCAGACAAUAUCUGAUCGAGGACAAUCUAUUACGGAGCGAAUGCAGUCCAUCACCGAAAGACAUGGGACGGAACGAGGCCAGUCCAUAUCAGAGAGAGGCUACGACCGUUCGCAGCCCGAGAAGCAGUCGGUAACGGCCCUGGUGAACAGCUACCAGCAAAGGAUGACCACUAGUUACCAAGGGAGAGACGGUAACAGGAACACGUACACCGAGAGGCCGAACAAUAACUGGCAGAAUGUGGAGACUACAUCGCAUUUUUAUACCGCAAGCGAACUUGGAUCGAGCCACCUACUAUACGUGUUACACCGGGUCCAGUCGUACGCUAACAACAGUGGCACGCGGCCAGCGUCAAUCGCCGGCAGCGGCGGCUCGCCCGCGCUCGACCAGAGACCAGCAUCCAGGUCCUCAGGCGAGUCCGAGUUGUCCGUGAGUGGUGUUACGAAAGAGAAGAAAGACAAGAAGGGCGUGUUCGGCGGCCUCUUCAGUCGGAAGAAACGGCCGCAGAGUCACAUGUAAUUAUGUUAAGCCAAUAAUAAUAGUCUUAAGCAGAACGGGAUGUUUUUAUCCCCUAAAUUUAAUAUGUUGAUAAUAUACAGGGCGAAAAUGAGGUUGUUGGGUGUAUUGAAAUAAAGAAUACCCUAGUGGAUACAUUAGGACCGAAAUUUUUGAUAUUCCAGACGUAGCUCAAUUAUUUUUAGACAUUCCAGACUAAACUCUAUUAUUUAUGGAUAUUCCAAACGAAUAGAUCGUAUUCCAGUAAAAUCUCGAUAGGUUAUUGGGCAUUCCAAACUAAAUUAAAUUCUUUUUGGACAUUCCAGACUAAACUUUAAAGUUUUCGGAAGUUUUAGAAUAAACUUGCUAGUUUCUGGACAUUCCAAACUAAACUUGGUAGUUUUUGGACAUCCUAAACUAAACUUGGUAGUUUUUGGACAUCCCAAACUAAACUUGGUAGUUUUUGGACAUUCUAAACUAAACUUAGUAGUUUUCGGAGGUUCCGAACUAAAUUUAAUACUUUUUGGACAUUCCACACUAAACUAAAUUGUUCAUUGAACAUUCCAGACUAACUUUUUAGGACAUUCCAGAUUAAACUCAAUAGUUUUUUUGAAAUAAAUUAAAAGUAAUUUUUAUGUAUAAAAUAAAUAAGUUAAAGAAAAAUUAUGCACAUUAAAUUUGUGUCCCCAAACAGGGACGGCUCAUCGCUUGACAUUUCAUUCUAGUUCUAAUGUACUCGGUUACUUUCUUAAUUUUUAAUACGCCCAAUGAUUUCAACCUGUAUUUUUAAUAUUAAAUCGCAAUUUCUAAUAAGCAAAUCGGUCAUUCGUAAUACGGGAUUUACUAUAAAAAUACUUAUUUCAAAGUACAUUGUGUAUUUCUUAAUGAUUCUUGUUGAUUGAACAUUGUUUUCUUAUCAGAGUAAUAAUGUCUUUGUAUACAUGAUCACGGUAAAGUAAUAUCGUUAUUUGGUUCUAAUUUCGCGUAAGUCAUUUUGUGUUUUUGUCUCUUAUUUGCAUUUGAGGCGCCUGAGCUAAUUAGAAAAUAUCAGUUUUUAAAAAUUUUAGUUUAUCACAACAAAAUAAUACGAUACAAACAGAAAUAGUGAUAUUAUAAAACUAUUUUACGCUUCUGCAUAGCACCAAAUUGUGAAUUACGCGAAAUUAGAACUUUAUUUACAAUAUAUACAAUAUAGUAUCACAGUUUAUAAUUGUAUAUCAUAACUAUAAGAAUGUAGCACCAAAAUUUGCCAGUUUGUAUAUAUAUAUAUAUAUAUAUAUAUAUAUAUAUAUAUAUAUAUAUAUUGCAAUAUAUACUAGUGGCGGGCGGAGUAAAGUCGGGGAGUUGUUAAAAUCGUGCCUUCUUUUAUAUAUACUUACCGUUAUUCGGUAUAUUAUAAAUUUACAGUUUCAUUUGUUAUUUUUUAGAUAAUUACGAGUUUUAACAUGUGUUUGUGAUAUUUAUAUACAUUACAGAACAUGUUUUAAUCAAAUACAUUAUUAACCGACCAAUUAUAAGUUUUAAUAUUGAUUUAUAAAUCUUCUAUUUAAUGAUUUACUAGUAAAUUCUAACAUGCUCGGCGAAAUGUGGGCAUUGUAGUAAGUGUGUAUUUUUCUAUAUAUUUCUCACGCAAUUCGCACUGUUCGUACAGCGUUAUGACGGUUGGUCGGUUUACACUUUUUACUCAUUGUAUAAGUAUUUACUUUUAGUAUAUAAGCGAUACAUUCCUGUUGAUGUGUUGACAGUCACAAACUAUUGGUUUAAGACAUUCGGGGACCAGACAUAUCGCAGACAUUGAGAAACUGAUGCUUUAUUAUUUCAUAUUUGUAAAACAGUAUAUAUAUUUUUCAACCAUUGUAUAUUUUAUCACAAUUAUCACGAUUAUCAUAUUUACAAAUAAAAAAAAAAAAAAAACAGUAAUUAGAACGAGUAUAGUGUUUUUAUUUUUUUAAUUUACUGAACGGAAUGCAUUAUUUUUGGUAUUUUUGCUUUAUAUUAUAUAAAAUGUAUAGAUUAAAACACAUGCCUGUUAGUGCCUUAUAAAAGACGUUUUAUGUUCCCUUAUACAAAAUUAUGUAGCUUUUAUAUUUAUUAUAAUUUGUAGAUUUUUAUAUUUUAUAUAUUACGCUUUUAAUAUACAAUUUUGACUGAUUUGAAUUAUAUGUUUUAUUUCAAAUCAAACAUAAUGUUUCUCAAAUGUCAGUGUGCCUUUUAAAUGGACGUAAAAGUAUUAUAUGAAAAGCAAUAUACGAAAUUUGACAAUAAUAGUGUUACAUGUAGUUAUAAUUAAGUUCUCUAUCAUAAUAAUAUGUUAGCUUGCAUCAUCUGUAUUGUGCUGUGAACGCAACUAAUGAUGUGUUAAUCGUGAUAGAAUAUACUUAGCAAAUAUAAUAUCACAUAAACAGCUGUUCCAAAUCUAAGUUAUUUUUUUAUUCAAAAUUUAUCUGUAUUUACACAAUAAUUAUAUAAGUUUAAGUAUAUACUAUAAAAUAUAAAAUAAGAAACAGAGAUUUAGGUACAGAUUAGAUUCAGCGGUUACUUCUGUGCUGUCAGUCAGUCAGUCAGUCAAUCAAUCAACUACCUUUUUUUUUUUACUUAUGGCACGGCACAAAGUGCAUCCGCCAAAAACAAAGUUUGGGAAACAGCAAA